GUCCCCUUCAGCCCCGGGCUCCUGCCUCCGGGACCCCGCGGGUCCCAGCGGGGGCCGGGGUCUGGCUGGCUGGAGUCGGGGGGAGGCACGUCCUUCCACCCCUCCGAGUCCGCCGCAGAGCCUCGAGCCGUGUCCCCAUCCUGGGGCGUCCUCCGGCCAGGUGUCCAUUGGAUGUGCGGCCGUGGCGUCUGGAAACUGAUUUGCUGAGUCACUCGCUGCACUUCCCUCCGGGGCAGCUGUUGCAUUAAAAAGGCUUAUCGGGCCCCGCGGUUCAGGGGCCAGUGCUCGCCCAACGGUCUGCCGGGAGGAGCCCCCAUUGUGGGGCGGUGGCGGUCUGAGCCGACCCGAAUAACUCAGUGUGUCUGCCGGGCCCGGAAGCGGGGAUCUCCCGGGCCAGACGGGCGCCCCAAGACCCACCGGCGCUGGCCGUGUGUGCGGGUGGCUCAUGGAGAGGACGGUUCUGGAGGACACAUGCCAGCGGCAGAACUUCAACCCCAGCGAGUACGAUCUGAAGUUUCAGAGGAAUGUUCUUGACCUCUCUCUCCAGUGGAGAUUUGCCAACCUGCCCAAUAACGCCAAGCUGGAGAUGGUGCCUGUCUCCCGGAGCCGCGAGGGGCCCGAGAACAUGGUUCGCAUCGCUCUGCAGCUGGACGAUGGCUCCAGGUUGCAAGACACUUUCUGUUCAGGCCAGACGCUCUGGGAGCUUCUCAACCAUUUUGCACAGACCAGGGAGUGCCUGGAGCAGCCGAGCGAGGCGAGCCCGGUCUGUGUGUACAUGCGGGACGAGGUGACCGGCAGAGCCUCCUUGCAGAGCACGACGCUCAAGUCUCUAGGUCUCACCGGGGGCAGCGCCAUCAUCAGGUUCGCCAUGAAGCGACGCAGUCAGGAGCCUGGGGUCUCCCGGACCAAGACCCCAGGGAGCCCGGCCCCCUCCCUGUCGGCCGACCAGGCCACCGGCGGCCCUCUACUCCCGCUGAAUUCGGUGGGGCUCAGCCAGGGUGACGUGAGCCAUCAGGAUGAAGUGGGCACCUCGGGGGUCAGCCGCGUGGACGCUCCAGCGAAGCAGGUCUCGAAGGAGCCUGCCCCCGCCCCCUUUGUUCCUUUCUCAGGUGGGGGACAGCGACUGGGGGGCUCGUCCGGGUCUGCCAGGUCUCUGACGUCACCUUCAGCCAAACCGCCGAAGUCCUUCUCCAGCCCGGGAGGCCCCUCCAAGCCGAAGAAGUCGAGGCCUGGCCAGGAGCCCGGGUCAGAGCCGGAGCCGCCGGUGGAUCGGGACCCCGUGGUGUGCCACCCGGACCUGGGAGAGCUGCUCCAGGCUUGCCCUGCGGAGCUGCCGGAUGAGUUCUUCGAGGUGACCGUGGACGACGUGAGGAGGCGCCUGGCCCAGCUCAGGAGCGAGCGGAAGCGCCUGGAGGAAGCGCCCUUAGUGACCAAGGCUUUCAGGGAGGCUCAGAAGAGGGAGAAGCUGGAGCGGUAUCCCAAGGUGGUCCUGAGGAUCCUGUUCCCUGACCGCUACAUCCUGCAGGGCUUUUUCCGCCCUAAUGAGACAGUGGGGGAUCUGCGGGACUUCGUGAGAAGCCACCUGGGGAAUCCUGAGCUGCCGUUCUAUUUGUUCAUCACUCCUCCAAAAACCAUCCUGGAUGACCACAGGCUGACCCUCUUUCAGGCAGAUCUCUUCCCUGCUGCCCUCGUGCACUUUGGAGCUGAGGAACCAACAGGCCUCUUCCUGGAGCCCAGGCUGCUGGAACGCACCGUCUCCCCGUCUGCGGCUGACUUGCUGGUGGCCAGGUGCAUGCCCAGGGCUGCUGGGGCCCCGCCCCCGAUGCCAGCCCCUGACCCUGCACCCCGUGACUUGGAGCCAUCGGCUGAGGCGGGGGCGGUGGGGCUCCCUGAAUCCCGCCCCGAGACGGCCCAGCCAGUCAAGAGGGACCUGGGCAAGGUGCCCAAGUGGCUGAAGCUGCCAGAAAGGGACCCCACCGCGCCCUGCCUGCAGCUCCCCACCCUGGGCUCGUCGAUUCUGCAGCCGGUCUGGACCCGCGUGGACCUGGGGGAUGCCGCUUGCCGGGACCUCACUCUUGUGAACAGAGGCACAGACAGGUGUCCUCCCUGGGCCGCCGACUUGACCUCACUGACACCGUUAAUUACCCCUCCUGUGAGGACCCCAGCGGCCCCAGGCGCUCGCUGCCUGGCCGCCUGUCUGAGCUCAGUGGCCGCGGGGCACGGGCUCCCGCCAGCCUCCUCUUCGGGUCUAAUCACUUCCACAUGCUCCCGGCGCUUUGAAGCCCCUAACACUCCCUGAGGAGAGGGGUGGGAGAGGAAAGUUGGGGGGCCAGCAUGGGAAGGGGUGCAGGAGGGAGCCAGCGGGGCUAAAUUAGGACAGGCUUGCCGUCCGGCCCAGGCCCUCCUCAGGUGCGGGCUGCCCGCAAAGGCGCAGAUCCGCGUGGCAGGCGGGGCGGCUGUUGUCCCUCCCCAGGGGACACCCUGCAGCUCAGGUGUGGGAGCCCCAGGGAGGUGGGUGCCGUGGGGUGGCCAGGCCCCCGAGCGCCCGGGGGCAGCCGCACCACCCAGACCGGCUCUGGACAGGUUCCAUGCAGCUCAGUCUCCGGCGGGGCACGGCCUGAGGCCACGGAGCCGCCCCGACCUAGCUCCAGGUCCCUCCUGCCAGCAGACCCUGUCCACGGCAACAUUGCUGGGCCGUGGCAGCCCCACAGCCACGCACCCCGUGGCGGGAGCACCGUCCGGCAAGCGGCCACAUGCGUGAGGGCUCGGAUUUCACUGCCCCUCGCUGUGGCCCGCGGCAGGGCGCUCACAGGCGCGGUUUGGUGUCCUCCUUUCUCAGGGCUGGGCUGCCUCCCUACCAGCACGGAGAGGGGCGGCCCAGCAGGCUUUGAAGCAACUUGACUUUGGGUGAUUAAUGCAUCAGGGAGGCGUGCCCGAGAGGCGGCUUUGAUUUAUUGAUGUUGCCUUGUGAGAGCAAAUUUAUGGCUCAGGGAAGCACCUUCUGAGGGGAAUAUCAAAUGGUUAAAAGGUUA